AUGACCUCAGAUAGGCUGGAAACAGAUAAAAGAAAGACACACAGCGCUGAGAACAAACCAACACAACGACCUUCUAUACACAAAUACAUCUCUCCGGCGGAGUUCAAAAUGAGAGUUCUCCGGAAACUUACGUCUGUUGACAAUAACCCCGACAACAAGUCACUGACCAAGUUUCAGCGACAGGACAGUGACAGAACUCUCAAAGCGUCAAUAGUGUUUCCGAACGGCGAUGUUGGCACGCUUAUAUCAUAUGAAAAAAUGGACAGCACAAAACCAGAGUCUUCCGAACAUGAGUUACCAAACAUGAAUGUUGAAGAGGAGGUGAUUUCUCGUAAACACGAGCGGCCGUUACGACUUCCGCCCAUCAUAUUGCCGCCUAUCUAUUCCACAAAGCCUCUUCCUGUGUUAUCACGUGACUUUAGCUUGCCAUCUGAUCCUCCGACGCCGAUGUCGGACGAUGGCUGGGAAGAACUCCAAGAAUGUCGGUACCUUCGUUUAUACUCCCCUCGGAAGUACCGUUCCAAUUCCAUACCCGCCUAA